AUGGCACCAUCAUAUCCAAACCUAGAAAAAUGGCUCGAGACUGGAAUCUUACCCGAUUUAUCAACCGAAUCACGUACCAUAAAAGAUUAUAUGAAAAAAAUCGAACCAGAUAAUUUACAAACUAAACUAGACAAUCGAAUGACGGAAACGAAAUUAAAGACGUUAAUCAAUGAAACCCUCAGUGAGAUUAGAGACUUAAAAGGUCCAUUUGAAAGUUUAAUAGAUCUAGGAUGUGGUUUAGUAGAAUGUGAAGAAACAGAUCAAGAGAUCUUACAAGUUAAUCAAGAAGUUUUAGAUUUGAUUGAAACUAUUAAGGUUUUGGAAAUUCGUAAAGAUGUGUUGUCUGAUUUAAGAGAAACGAUUUAUCAUUUUGAUCAACAAGAUCAAGAUCAGGAUCAACAACAUCAUCAAACUCCUCCUGAUUUAAAUCGAGAAUUUAAAAAACAGUUUGAAAAUAAAUUAGUGGAUUGGAAUUCACUUUCGACACGUAAGAAGUUUGCGACUCAUCCAUCUUUUAAAGAGUUUCGUAAAGCUAUUUGGACCGCUCGAGGUACAUCAGAUGUGAUGCCCCCGGUCAAGUCAUAUCUUCCUAUAGAAGAAGGCGAUUCAGAUGAUGAUUCAGAUGAUGAAGAACUAGCGAUCGGAGGAGGCACUCAAACCUACAAAUGUCCACUCUGUAUCAAAUUCUUAACGAAUCCAUAUAGAUCUAAGUUAUGUCGACAUGCGUUUUGUCAAACCUGUUUUGAUCAACAUUUCAUUCAAAACAAUUCGACUGUAGUAGGUUGUCCACAAUCAGGUUGUCAUCAAUCUUUAACUCGAAAUGAUGUUGAACUUGAUGAAAGGUUUAUGGCUGAGAUCAAACGUGCUAAGAGAAGAAUCGAAAGACAGGAAGCAGAGGCAGAAGAAGAAGAAGAAGAGGAGGAAGAGGAAGAAAAUCAAGAGGAUGGAAACGGUUUGGAUCAUAAAGGGUCUCAGAAGAAACGUGGUUCUCAGAACAAUCGUAGAAAGAGGCCGAUUGUUGUGGAUGAUGAAGAUGAAUGA